GCGGCAGCUCAUAACGAUACAAGGCGCAGCGAGGAGUCAACUACCGACACACGGGAAUGAGUUAUCCCGGGAAACCCCCACAAGCCUCAGCUUCUUUAGGCUGAACAUGUGAGAGGGACAAAACAAAGACUGCAGAAUCAAUCGGACGUAGACGACAAAUUAGACAAACAAAAAAACAACAACAAGAGGAUCAACUUCUGGAUCUGCAGUGUCUCCCCCUCUCUACCUCUCUCCAGAGAAGACUCCUAUCACGUACCGUGCAUAUCCGUCCAUCACCGGGUGUAGGAGACGCUGACAAAGGGGACGUGUAGAGACACAGCUAAGUUCCCAUAGAGGGAGAGAGAAAGAGAGAGAGAGAGAGCAGGGGUGAAGGGGAGGAGAGGAUGGAGGCCCUAUUUCCUGUGCUGAAGAGUCACCCGGCCCAGUCAGUGCUGGUGUGCUCUGUACUUUUCAGGGUGGUCCACAGGUUGCUGCAGAGGCUGCCAGUGCCCAAAGUGGUGAGGCAGGAUGAGUAUCGCGCCUGGAAGUGGAGGAACCUCUCUGUGUCCAUGGUGCACUCACUGCUGACUGGGACAUGGGCCUUGACCUGUGUGGUGGUUUGGCCGGAGACGCUGAGAAACAUCCACUCUUACCACACCCCGCUAUCCUACCUGCUCGUCUGCGUUUCAACAGGAUACUUUGUGCAAGAUGCAGGUGAUAUUAUCCUGACGGGACAUGCAAGAGGAUCGUGGGAAUUCUUACUCCAUCAUGCACUGGUGAUCUGGAGUUUCAUGUACGCUCUCUACACUCAGCUGUAUGUAGCCGGCGCUGUAAUCGCUCUCUUUGUAGAGGUCAACAGCGUCACCCUGCACCUGAGGCUGAUGCUGAAGCUGUCGGGAGAUCAGUUCUCCCCCAUGUACCACAUCAACAAACUCGCCAACCUCUUCACCUACAUCACUUUCCGUCUGUGCACCCAGUUCUACCUCACCUGGUACAUGGUCAACAAUUACUCCUGGAUGGACCACGGCGGAUACUUUCUCACCACCAUGAUCAUGAUGAAUAUUAUGAUCCUGAUUUAUUUCUACCGCUUGCUCCGCGCAGACUUCUUCCCUCACAGUAAGAGCUAUGUGGGACAGAACGGGACCCAUAAUAACAACUCUAAGAAGUUUCUUAGUGAGUGACUGGAGGCGGUUUACAGGACUGCAAGAGAGCAUUACACAAUUUGGUUUUCUAUUAAGGGUGGGAGCACAUUUUGUCUUUCUCAAUCCAUAACUGACAGCAUUCCUCAUGAUGACAGGCUCCCUUGUUGUAUCGCGUCUUACUGCCAAAGAAAAAAUAAACCCAAACACCUUUCUGUGGAACGGGCUGCUGCCGUGUUAAUGUGAUGUGUUCCAGAGCUGUUGGAAAGUCCGAAAUUUGGCUUUUCACAGGGAAAAAAUACAAUGCAUUAGCGCUUUAAAUCAAGCGAAAAUUUCUAGGUUUGCAUGAUUUCUCAACCCCUUAACAUCGUGUUCCUAUUUUUAGCAUAUUAAAGAUUCAUUUUCAGCGCCAAGAGUAGUUUGACAUUUUGGGAAAUAGGCUUAUUCAUUUUCUUGCAGAGAGUUAGAUGAGAGAAGAUCAAUACCACUCAUUGUUGUGAGAGUGACAUCAAUCUUCUCAUUAAACUCUUGGCAAGAAAGUGAAUUUAAGUAACUUUACUUCUCCAUAACCAGACUUUAAUCCAUCAAACAACCUGCAUGAAACACACUCAUUUGAAAUGUGAAAAAGCAUUUUUGCCAUCACUAACAUUGUUUGCUGACAACCUAGCUACUGUAUAUGCUAUCAAGAUAUGUUGUAUCUUUAACGUGUUUAUUAUGAGGAGAAAUGACAAGUAAUCCAGUUUUUUUCUCCCUGAGUGUUGGAUUAACCAGCCAUCGGACUUAGUUUUAACAGCAACAGACUCACAUUUUAAUAAUUUAUUUGUACAUACAGUACGUUCUCUCCUUGCAUCUCUAUGAUGUCAUUUGUGGCUGAAGAGAUACUGGGCUGUAUCUAAACUGGUAGUCAAGAACCAUUCAACUGGAAACACACAACAAUGCAGGACAAUUGGACUCUUAUUACAUUCUUGGAUCUGGAGCUGGAUCUUCUUGCCAUAUAACAGUCAGAUUGAGCUCUUUAGGAAGUGGGAACCCCGAGAAACCCUUCAUAAUGAGCGGCCACAGCACAAUCACUACAAUAUCGUCAGUAAAUGUGGAGUAAAAAAAGAGUAGAAGAUAAAGUGUGAACCUUAUUUGAUGUUUGCCAAGUAACAGUGCUUUUACAGAAUAGAGAAUCCCCCCCCCCUUAUUUCAAAAGCUAUCGAGUGACAACCUUUAGGUGAAGAUGUGUUUCUCCUUUUUGUCUAAAAUUGAUAUAUAUAGUUUGGUAAAUAAUUACCUCGAAUGUGCAUUCCUCUUUGAAAUAUUUCAAACAGUAAUACAAGUGGACCAAAUAGUGGACUUUAAAUGACAAUUUCCUGAUCAUAUGACCAUAAGUCAGAAGUGCUGACAGUGUCAUUUAAAAACUUAAUGAUCAGUAAACUUCAUUUUCUAUUUCAGCCAAGAACACCCAAACAGACAUGUUGUGUCCGAGCUGUGCUGCAGUGCCUUUACCACACAGUGCCUUGUAAAAUGUUUUCAAAUGAUUUAUAAAUAAGAAAGUAAAGAUAUAGCACAGAAAAUGUAUGCUUUUGUAAAAGCUGUUGUUGCCAAGCAGAGAGAUUUUUGAGACAAACAUGUAGAUUCAUUUGACCACAAUAUUGUGUAACGUAUCUUGUAUUGAAUUGUGAUAAGUUUUUUAGGAGCUCUG